CUUUUGCACUACAUGAAACUGAUGCCUUGCAAAGUAGGCUCUAAAGAUGCUCAGCAGCAUUUUGCAUGUUAAAAUGCUGUCCACAGGCUGCCGGAUUUUUGCCAUUAUGUACAUGAAAAAGAAAUUUCCUUGGCUCUUUGAGGUUUCCAGCUUCUGAAGAGAGGAAAGCGCCGCUUCCCCUUUAAGCCCGGAGCGGUGUGUGUGAGAGUGUGUGUGUGAGUGUGUGUGUGUCUCCUCCUCUUUGAGUGACACAGCACUUAGAUAUGCCUAUCAGUAACUUAAACCCCACAAACUCCACCUUCUAAGUGAGGAAGCUGUGGGUUGAUGGAAAUGUAGCGAGCAGAUUGAGACAGACAGUGAAUCAUUAGCAAACUGCAACGCCAGGAUGAACUUGUCUGGAACCUAAAAGGAGAAAACAGUCUUCGAGUCCUCCGCGGUGCCGGGCUUUGCUAAAUACAGCCAAAGUGGAUCUAAAAGCCGGUUGAUCCCCACUCCAAGAUGCUGCUGGUUUCCCAGCGGGUAGAAGCACCACGCAUGGAGCCGCAUAUUCCGUUACAGGGAGCCAUUAAACGAAAACUGGAAGAUGAUAGCUCUCCUGCCUCCAGUGGUGUGCCUGAUGUCAUUUUCCCAAGUGACAGUAAAAGACUUUGUCUCGAUGAUGUAACCCUUUCCAUGGGCCAAGGUACCAAUCCCAAUGUGGCGUGUCCAGAAAUGCAAAGUUCUCCAUUCUCCACCAGUCACAGCACUUCUUCCAUGGGAGUCACAGGUCAUUCCGUGCUCUUGGAAAACAAUCACAUGAAUGGCAGUGGCAUCAGCUCCCCAUUUUCUGUGCCACCCAACACGGAAAUAAAUCAGAAGGGGUCAAUAGGAGGGCAGGGUAACAGCAUUGUCCACUAUGAUGAGAAAGGAAACAGCUUACAGUCUGUGGACCAAGAGCUGCAGGAUCUAUUGGAAGAGCUGACAAAGAUGCCUGAUCCUUCUCCCAAUGAUCUGGAUCUGGAGAAGAUUCUGGGCAGCAAGGCUGAAGAGCCACUCGGGCUAAGUCAUUCUCAACCAAGCAUAAGUACCACUCCAAAGUCCUCCCCGCAGACUUCCCACUUGGACAACCAUGUUGCUAACAAAGACUUUUCCCCAGGCUGCAAUCCAACCAGUGGAGGAUCUCCUCAGAUGAGGCCAUCAUCUGCUGGAGCUAACUUCCAGGUUCCUCCCUCAAACAAACCUGCUGCUUCACCCAUCUCUACAGCAGCUCAGAGCAAGAACCAGCCACCACCCAUGCUUCCAGUACCCUUACCCAACAUACCUGGCUCCAACUGGCAUGCUCAGCAGCUGAAGCAGCUGGCAGCUAGCAAGCAGGUGUCUACUACAAAGCAACAAGUACAGGCUCCUAGCUGGCCAUCUAUGUCUCCUCCUGGUCUUUCUCCUCCUUAUAGGGCAGGAUCAUCCCCACACCAUCAGCCUUUCAGUCCUCAAAAUGUUAUGGUAUCUGGAAUGCCUGCUAAUAAUUUACCGGGAAACAACAUCCAGAGUCCUCAAAACACUCUGCUUUCAAGCAUGGCUUCCAGCAACACCCCCUCCAAUGGCCCCUCUCCACCCUACGGGUCUGAGAAGCUUUCCAGUCCAGCUCUGAACCAGCAGCCCUUCAGCCCACAGAGCUCCAUGCUGCCUGCCCUGACAGCAGCCAGCUUACCAGCCAGCAAUAUUAAGAGUCCACAGAACAACUUGGUUGCCAGCAUGGCUUCCACAAAUACUGGACCUUCUCCACCGUACAGGCCAGAGAAGCUGUCAAGCCCAGCUCUGCAUCAGCAGCCCUUCAGUCCUCAAGGUACAUUAAUCUCUAAUAUCACUCCCAACAACAAUCCCACAAGUAUGCAGAACUCACUUUUUAAAUCAAUGACUACAAGCCAGUCCAAAAAUAUGAACAUAAUUAUGCAACAGCCAUCCGCUAGCUUACAGCCAGGUCUGGUGAAUGAGAACCCUGUUAGCCAAGACCAGUUUUCUUUCAACAACACCAAGCCACUAUCUCACUUUGCCUCGGAGUCAGCUACUACAAAGAUGUCACCCCUGACAGCAGGACAAGGGCAGCAGUCGCUCAUUCACUAUCUCCAGCAGCAGCAGCAGCAGCCUCCAGCAGCCCAGCAGUCCCAGCAGGCUAACAAUAGCCAGUUCCUCCAGCAGCAGUUCCGACAGCUGAUGCAGCCACAUCGGAUGCAGAGACACAUGCAGCCUGCCACACUGCCAUCUCAAAACAGACAGGAUCAGAAUCCUGGACUUGUUGCCAGACUUCAGGAGCCGGGCUCUGUCCCAAGUGGAGGCUCUGUGCCGGCAUCAGCCACGGUGAAUGGGUACACAAUGAGGAACCAUUUACUGAAGCAGCAAAUAAUGAAACGACAGAUGAUGCAGGAAAAGCAGAGACAAAACAUGCUGGGAGUAACAUCUGAGCAGAGGAAUUUGUUUGCAGCUCAACAGAUGAAUCAGUUUCAAGCUGUGCAGCAACCCAUUCCCACUGACUGCAGCCAGCCGAUGCCAGCCCCUCCGCCCAACCACCACAUGCUGCCCUCGAACCCAGCCAUGCUCCAGAACACUUUGGGUGCCAGCAUUACCCCAGUCACUGCCAGCCAGAGCAGUGGAACGAUGGUGAUGAUUCCACACAACCCUGGCAAACAGCAGGCGGUUUUUCCACCUAAUUCCGACUUUAACAUCCCGCUGCGGCCGAGCCAGAACUCACUGGCUAUGAACUCAGGGUGCCAAACCGUACACAACCAUGCAGCAGUGCAGCCGGGCAUGCCGAUGGCUGGCUUUAGUUCUGGCUCCUUGGUGAAUCACUCAGCAGCUCAGCAGCACUUGAGACAGCCGAGUGUGCCAAGAAUCCCCAACGUCUAUCCCAACUCCUCUGCCCAGAUGUGGACGUCGACUGCGGUGCCAAGAAUGCCAAAUCAAAGCCAAAUGGAUACCAGCAUGCAGCAGUUCUCCAGUAACGCUCUUUUCUCCAAACAGAACGUGCGACCAAAUGCAUCGGGUCAGCAGUUCUCCCAGCAGGCUGUAGUGCCGCCUAAUCAGAUCGCUCCCGGAGUCCAGGUCAGACAGAUGCAAAAACUGAGCAUGGGACAGUCUGGCCAGGGCUUGAGCUCAAUGAGUAAUCAGAACUUGAGACACAAUUUAACCAGGGGACCGCUGCCAGCUAUGAAUGUUAUGAAAUCAAUGCCGCAGGGAGUGUCCAGCUUUAACCAGCUCAAUCCCCCCGCAGGCCUCGGCCCGCCAAGCUACCCCAGUGCGGGGCAGCCGCCUGACGCCUUCAGCAGGAUGAGCGCAGCUGCCGAGCUGCCGCAGUAUGACUUUGUGCCCCAGCACAGCAGCUCCGUCCUGCCCGCUAACUGCAGUGACACUGACUUCCUUGACUCGCUCAUGAAGAGCAGCAGCAGCAACGAUGAAGAGUGGUUGAACAAUCUGACAAUGAUAGAUGACAUUUUGGGACAGCACGCUCAGAGCUCCGGACACGUGUAGCUUAGAGGGAAGCGACUGCGUUGUAAAUACAUGUGACUUCUCAAUGCGGCAGGUGGCCCGUGAAAGCCGCCACUUCUUUCAAUACAGAAUGAAUAGACUCAGCCAAUUCUUUGCCCGCAUUGAAGUUUAGUGUUGGCAGUUUUUCAUAUCAGUGUAUAUAUUUGAAUAUUUUGUAAAUUAUGUUUUCCUAAACCUUAAAUGUAGAAGUAUUUAUACUUCUUUGCUGGUCUGUUUGUAAAUAAACCUAUAGCAUAACUUCUGGUUUUAUUAUAGGGAUUUCAUUAUACCUUGUUAUAAAUAUGCAAAUAACAUUGUUAGUUUCAGUAAUACUGUGUAUUACAGCAUAAAAUACUUAUGUUUUUGACAUAACUUAACACAUGAACUAGGGGUGUCGUUGCAACCAGACUAUGCAGAAACCAAGAGUGGCAUUUGUUCUCCCACAUCAAGAGAAAAGACCGAAAAGCCACAUGAAAAAAAAACCAAUACAUGUGAAAGGAACUGCUGAUUGACUCAUAGCUCAAUCCUGCAGCCCAGGAGCGGUGCGUGGGUCCACACGGGGACCCCAGCACAGUCAGGGACCUGCCGGCAGGGAUCUGUUGCAGGAUCAGGGGAAGUCCUCCCCCUGGUACACUCCAGUGUGCUGACUUGACACUGACAGUGCAUCUCCCUCUGUCUUGCAGUGAGGAUGCGCUUGUGAUGUUGUGGCUGUUGACAAGGCAUGUGUGCGUGUGUGCGUGUGUGCGUGUGUGUGUAUGUGUGUGUCUGUGCACCGGCCAGCUGAGGGAUGGCACAUGGUGAUGAGGGUUUGGCGAUGAUGCCGGUCUGACAUCGCCAAGGUUCCCUGGCUGCUGUGUCCUUUGGUUCUGGUUUGCGCACCUCUGCCAUGUAUUUUUGUAGUGUACAGGUGAUUUGUUCCUGGUUUUAAGGCUUUUCAUAAUUUCUGUUUUAAUGUGAGACUUUUUUUUCCAGGGGAAAAGUCUAUAAACACGAAUAGUUAAUUUUUGAUGUUUUUCUGUCAGCUACUAUUGUCCUAUGUAUAUUUAAGAGUCUGUUUAUAAAAGAUUCGCUGUACUGUAAACUUCAAAUGUUCAUACUUUGCGUAAUCAUAUUUUAAUAGUCACAUCAUACUUCGCAAUACAUUUGUAAUAUAACGUGAGCUUCAAGCACAGAAUGUUUUUUUCUUCAUACCAUAAUAAACUGCCGGGGGAAAAUUGUGUA